AUGAAUAUCGAUUACUAAUCAAAAAAUUCUCCUAACUCCAAUCAAGAUGAAUAUGUCAAUAUGGAUACAGAUUUAUAGGAUAAAUGCUAGAAUCAAAUAGAAAAUGACUAUUUCUCUAAUAAAAUUGAAACUCAUAAAUUUGUUGUAGGUAUAUCUAAACCUGGUGAAAUGAGGAUUGGAUUAUAAACUAUAAACAAAAAUAAAAUCACUGUCAAAGGAAUUCUUGGGAUACAUGAAAAAUGA